AUGUGUUCCUGUCUGUCCACACCCGAUUCGGCCCGUUACAGGAAUGCGGAUCGCGCUCAAGAAAUGAUCAAUUUGUAUGUGAAGGCGGCCAACUGUUUCAAAAUGGCUCACAAUUGGCAAGAGGCUGCAGAAGCUUUCCUCGAAGCUGCUCGGCUAAGUUUACAAGAGAAGUCCAAACAUGAUGCCGCAAGUUACUAUGUGGAUGCCUCGGCUGCGUACAAAAAGAUCGAUCCGCGAAAAGCGAUUGACUGCUUGGGGAAAGCGAUUGAAAUGUACACAGGACUGUGA